ACGGCCGUCUGCACUGCGACGACGUCCUUCACCGCUUUUAACACCUGCGCAGUCCCCUCCACCACCACCACCCCUCACAGCACGCUCGUAACGCCAUCAUCAUGUCCGAACCUUAUGACCCCUACGUGCCCCGUGGUGGCUCUUCCUCCAACCCGUCUGGCCCCAGUCAGGGCAACACAAAGACUGCCGCUAUUCAGCAGCAGAUUGACGACACUGUCGGGAUAAUGCGGGAGAACAUCACCAAGGUAGCGGAAAGAGGAGAACGACUGGAUUCACUACAAGACAAAACUGAUAACCUUGCCAUAUCAGCGCAAGGUUUCCGGCAUGGUGCAAAUCGUGUACGAAAGAACAUGUGGUGGAAGGACAUGAAGAUGCGUCUCAUCAUUGGUGUUGCAGUCGCCAUAAUUAUUGUCAUCAUUGUUGUGUCAAUUGUGAAGGCAACGCAAAAAUAACGCUACUACGGUUUCGACUGCGCAUUACUUUAUCCAGGCCUCUCUGCUCGCCUUCUUCGUUUCUGCGUACCUAUGAUUCGGAUGUGUUGUAUCUAUGCGCCAUACUAUUAAUAUUUUCCCUCUCGUCGUUCCCCCGCUGUAGAGCAGUCUACGGUAUCGCUGAGACCUGGGAAGAUUGGACAUUGACACAUAGUUUUUCUGUGUAAACAUGCUUGUGUUUCUGGAAUAUAUGUAUACUUGUUGUUACACAUGC